AUGGUGGCGCCCGAUCUGGAGCGGCUCCUCGCGGAGCUGCUGGAGCCCGACAGUGACGUCAUCCGCCGGACCCCCGCCCGCCUCGGCCUUCUCCUCACCGGCUCCUCCCGGCCGCAGAUCCGGCAACUGGCCGCCGUCCUGCUGCGGCGGAGGCUCUUGGGCCGAUGGAAGCGCCUGGACCCGGCUCUGCGCCAGAGGCUCCCGACGCUAUUGGCCGAAGCUUUGGAGCGGGAGACUGAGCACACGGUGACGGUGGUUCUGGCCCAGCUGGGGGCCCUGGUUCUGCGCCGGGGGGGGCUCAGCGCCUGGGGACCCCUGGGCACCUGGGUGCAGGAGGUGGCCCGUGACCCCCGGCCCCCCCACCAGGAGGCGGCCCUGCUGGUGCUGAGUGCGGCGCUGGAGGCGGCCCCCCAAGUCCUGGCCCCCCACGGCCCUGCCCUGGCCGCCCUGUGUCAGGGGGCUCUUGCUCCCGGGGUGCCCCCCAGCCCCCCGGCGUACAGCCUGCAGGCCCUGGGGGGGCUGGGGGCCAUGUUGGGGGACACCCACACGGAGCUGCUGCGCUCGCUGCUCCCCGACAUCCUGACGGCCCUGAAGAAGCUGCUUGACGCUGACGAGGAGCGGGGCACCGAGGCCCUGGAGGUGUUGGACGAGUUCCUGGAGGCCGACCCCGCCACCGUGACCCCUCACCUUCGACCCCUGCUUGACCUCUGCCUUCAGGUGGCAGGGGACGAGUGUUGGGGUGAUGCGGUGCGGGUGAGGGCCUUGGCCACCGUCACCUUUCUCGCCCAGAAACGUCCCAAGGCGCUGCUGCGGGGGGGGCUGCUGGGGCAGGUUCUGGGGGGGCUCCUGAUUCAAUCACAAGAUUCAUCCGCUCUGAUUACUUCCCAUUUUACUGAGGCUCUGCGGAGGCAACCCCGGGUCGUUCUGACCCACUUGCCGCUGCCGCCGGGCCUUGUCUCCUGCCGGGUGCUGCCCAGAUUGGCCAAGGCAGGCCGCAGCAGGCAGCAAGCGGGCAGCAGCAAGCGGAGGACUUCCAACUGGAUGCCCACCGAGUGA